ACACUAUGUACAAAGUUAAUGCAAGAAUUUAAAUAAAGAACUAAUUAAUAUUCAAUGCAUUCCUCCUUGCCGCGCUGUACAACAACAACAACAACAAAAACGACAACACCAACCACCACCACAACCACAAGAGCCAAACUGCGACGCCAACGCUGGCAAACACAACAACCACUACAGUUAGUAAACUGUAGCAACAGUUGGGGCGGCAAAUAGAAAUAAGCGAACAGCAUUAAAGAUGUCAUUGACGAAAAAGGAUCCGUCGCUGCGUGUUGCUGCCUCAGAUCCCCAUUUGGUUAGCCUGGGCGGCGGCCGCCUCAGCACCGCUGUCACCAUCCACUACAUACAUAUUGGUGACACAACAAUUGGAUCGGCGCCCAGCUGCAGCAUCUCGCUUAACGGCAGCGGAGUCCGAGCGCUGCACUGCACCAUAUACAGAAGCGAGGGCAACGAGGUGACUUUGGUGCCCGAGCCGGAGGCGCGGCUGCUUAUCGACGGCGCCCCACUCGAAGAGGUUGAGGAGGCGAAGUUGACACAGGGUGCCAUGAUCACCAUUGGCAAUUCGAACUAUCUUCGCUUUAAUAAUCCCGACGAGGCGCAAAUGAUGCGCUCAGCGAUGGGCUCCAAUGAGCGCAUCUCCAUGCCACAAAUCGAUUUCACGCAAUCCGGACGACCCAGCGACAGUCAAACGCUGGAGCUGGAAAGCUUCUACGAGAGCAUCAUAAAUCCAAUCAAGAGCAGCAGCAACAAUCGGGAUGGUGGUCACAACAUGGAUCUGCAUGGUGUGGUGCAGUGUCCCAAGGUGUUUAGCUCCGAUCUGGUCACGGUCAAUAUGCCCGCACGCGAUGUGCUGGGCCAGAAAUACGCGAGCUUUGCCCGCAACCUGGCCGAGAAUCAUCGCGGCGAAAAGCAGCUGAACAAUCAGUAUGCCAAAACAUUAACCAGCAGCGGCGCCAACGGAAUUGGCCACAAUUCCGGCUACUGCAAUAUACCCAGCAAUGCGGCUGUCUACAAGCAGCAGCAGCACCCGCAGCAGCAGCAGCAGCAGCACCCGCAACAGCAGCAGCAGCAACAGUUGGCGCAGCCUGUAGAGCUGUUGGGAAAGGUGAACAAUGAUCGGUAUGAUCGUUAUCCCAAGCCGGGCACCUAUACCGCCGGCAGCCUGCAAAUAUUUACCAUGAAUUGCAUCAAUACGGAGCUCAACAGCGGCGCCGAGCUGGAGGACAUGCUCAAGAUUUGCACAGAGUAUGCGGAUCGGCAGCAACAGCAACAGCAGCAGCAGCAGCACAAUAACAGCAACAAUAACAACAAUAGCAACCAUACGCUGCACAAUGCCAGCGCCGGCAGCAUCACCUCCUCGCCAAUUGUCCAGAAUCGGAUCAAGACAAACGGUUCGCUGCCGCGAGACAAGAAGUCGCCGUUCCAGCAGCACGCGGGCAGCAGCAGCAAUCUGGCGCUGGUCAGCAGCUCAUCGGGCUAUGAGAAUGUGCGCCUGCUGGGCCCCAAUCGGGUCGAGAUCAAUGGCCAGCUGCAUGUGUCCACAGCAGCAUCGACAUCGACCUUGUCGUCCUCGACAUUGUCGUCAUCAGCUGCAGCUGGCAGCGCCAGCCAUGAGAAUCUGCCCAGCAGCACGGCGAAGUAUGUGCCGCAGAGUCCGCGCACCAAAAUACGCACCAAUUGCAUGUCGCCCAAGAAGGAUGCCUCUUUUAGCAGCGCCUUUGCCUUGGCCAGCUCGACACCAACGCCGCCAACGGCUGUGGUUAAGCCACCGUUGGCGCCCAAGCCGCCGGCGCCCAAUCAGCAGCGCGACUAUGAGCAGCUAUUCAAGUCCUUUGAGCGCAAGCAGCAGCUCGAGCAGCUGGAGCAACAGCAGCAGCAGCCAAUUGGCCGCCAGCUGACGCCCGCCAAGCGCUCCAAUAAGAACAUCAACAAUCUGACGCUCAAUCUGAAUGAAUCCGCCAGUAGUCAAUCGCCCAAGCCCACUCGCAAGCCAGCGCCGGCGCCGCGCAGCAUCAAUGUGGAGCAACGGCAGCGGCGCGAGUUGCAGCAGCGCCGCAAGCAGCUCAAGCAGGAGCUGGAGGAGCUGCCAGCCCCGACGCACAGUCACGAGCUGGAACCGAGCGUACAAUCCGCGACAACAGCGGCAGCAUCCGCAACGCGGCCGACGGCUACAGCGACUCCGCGGCAGCAGCUGCUGGCACUCCAGAAUCGCAUCCAUCGCCUGGAGGCGCAGCGCAAUGCGACGCGCGUGAUGGAGGAGAAUCAACAGGCCAAGCUAAAGCAGUCCAUUGAAAUGAAACAGGAUCAACUGAAUAAACUGCGCGCCAUGCUGAAGCAAAAGCCGAACAACGCCUGCCUGAAGGAGGAGCUGGAGCAUGUGUGCGAGUCGCUGGAUAGCGAUCGCAAGACCUUCGAGGAUCUGGAGUUUCAGUACUUUGAGGAGGAGUCGGAGCAUCAUGCAUGCCACGAGGAACUGAAGCGUCAGGAGCAGCGCCUAAUGCUGGAAACGGAGCUGGCAUCGCUGCGCAUCCAGCUGGGUCCCGAUGAGCCCUCAGUCGAGGAGCCAACAUCGCCCACAAGCGGACGCGCAACGCCCGCUUCGAACGGCGGCAGCAGCAAUCUGGUGAAUGGCGUCAUGUCGCAGUCGCUGUUCGGCUCCGCUGAGCUGCUCUGCCCGAAGCGGCACAAUCAGGAGGAUCUGAUGUCCAGGAGCGUUAACGAGAACAUGUUCCACAACAACAAGAUCGAGCUGCCGCAUGGAGCACAGGUGACAAGCACACCGAAGCGAGCACCUUUGCAGAUUUACGAUGCCGGCAGCUGCGAGCAGAUUAGCUUCAAUUUAUCGCUGCGCAGCGACAGAUUCGAAGUGAAUCCGCUGGAGCGACGUGUGCCCUCGCAGGAUGACAUCGAUCGCAGCUGUAAAGUAGCCAACGAUGCGCCCAUCUCGACCAGCCAAGGAGCCAGCACCAAAAUCUUUGACAGCAUCAAGGAGAUCGAACGCAAUCGCAAGCUGCUGCUGGCCCAGCAAGGUCAUCAGGUCAUCGAGCACGAGCGCCAAAAGAUGUACGAUCUGAAGAAGAAGAGCCACGACGAGGCACGCACCCAAUACUUGCUCUCCACUCAGCAGACAACAGAGCCAACGAUUGAAGCGCCGCCAACCCAACACGCUCCAGUGAACGCCAACGGCGGCAAAGAUGCCAAACUAUUUGAGAAAACCGAAUUGCAGAAGCUCAACGAUGAGACAGCACAACAAAAGACACAGCACGAUAAGGAGAACAGUGCGUCAGGUGACGGCAGCGGCAGUCCGAAAACAACAACAACAGCCGCAGCAGCCACAAGCCAACAGCAACGGCAUUCACAGCCGGAACUGGAGCAUCAUGGACUUGUCGCGGGGACGACGGCGCGCAGUCCACGUCCGCUCUCCGAGGCCAACAACUGCGAGGCCGCCAUUGAGGCGCCAAAGUUUGCCAACGGCGAUGCCGCGUCUGAGAACAAGCGCGCCAGCAGCCAUAGCAACUCACAGGACACCGCCUCGGCGGGCAGCGGCAGCGGCAGCGCUGGCAGCAGCAGCGGUGGCGGCGGCGCCGGCGGCAACGGCAGCAGCAGCAGCGCCAGCACCAGCGGCGAAAGGAAGCGCGCCCUGCCCAAGCAUCAGCGGCCGCUGACACGUUACCUGCCCAUCUUCUCGCCGGAUCUGAAUCUGCGGCAUCACAUCGAGACCGCCGGCCAUCAGAUCGAUCUCUGUCCGCAUGUGUUUGUCGAUGCGCAUAGCUGUCGCGGUUACCUGCACAAAUUGGGCGCCACGUUUCAUGCCUGGUCGCGGCGCUGGUUUGUUCUGGAUCGUCAACGCAGCGCUCUCAUCUACUACUCGGAUAAGUCGGAGCGCAAGCCACGUGGAGGCGCCUACUUUGCCACCAUAGACGAGGUGUAUUUGGAUCAUUUGAAUGCCUCCAAGAGCGGUCGGCCCCAUUGUACCUUCAUUGUGAAGACCAAGAAACGUAGCUAUAAUCUGCAGGCUGCCUCGGAUGCAGCGGCACGCAUUUGGAUUGAUGCCAUCAUAACCGGCGCCCAGGGAAAUUUGGACUAUUAAAAAACACCUUUGGCGCCCAACACACACACACACACACACACACACACACACACAC